UAUAAUGCUGUGUUUGCUGAUAGUAGUACCUGAUUUCAGUAGGAUAAAACCCCAAACCGUCUAAAAUUUUAAUUUCCCAUAGUCAUAUACUUCUUUCCAUUGUCCCCAGCAGUGAUUUUAACUUUCCUAACGAUUUGAGGAUUGAAAUCGUUAACUCUCUUUUCUUUAUAAGUUACUAGCAGUUGGGUUGCUUGGAGAGAGAGGACAGGGAGGAGACACGGAGGGGGGAGAGAGAGAGGAUCAUGUGUGCGGUUUGGUAACUGCCAUAUCAAUUUACAUGUUUGGCCAUGAAUUUUUAAACACUUUGUUUACACAUUUGUUGGGUAUUUUUGAAAAUGAAAAUACAUGACAGGAUUUCAAAAAAUGGAGGCACCAAACUGGUGCUCUCCCUUUAUCUCGUUUAUAGAUUAGAAUAGAUAGAUUAGAAUAUAUGGUUUUCUUUGUCAGUCUGUCGCUGUAUUUAUGGUUUUAACCCGUCAUUUUUUGCUACAAAAACUUUUAUGUGAAGAAACCUUCGUGCUGCUACUCUCAAGGUAUGUGUAUGUCCUUAGUUCUUACACUGACAAGUUUUCCCGUCGCUUAUUACCAUCUCUCCACGCUUUCCUCUCUCUGUCCCUCUCUCCGCAGGCACACAAAAUAGCUCCUAGGUUUAGCUAAUGGAAGAGCCGGGGCGGUUGACGCGCAAAAGGAAGAAGGAAGGGGUAAUAGUAAAAUGUGAAACAAGCUUAGAAUAUCCUGCUUACGAGAAAACUUUCUGCUUAUGUGUUGCUGAAGAGAAGGAUCCUAAUAACCCGAGGGAAUGGUACAUGCUCAAAAUCUCUAAUAAAAAGGACAAGGAGGAGGAGGCUGAGGAGAAGGAAGCGAAGAAGGUUAGUAAAAUCACCGAUGCGGAGCUCCGAGCAGCCUAUCUCACGUUCCACCAUGACGACUGCCACCAAGGAGAGUUGGAUCGAGUUCCAAUGCUUGCACCUGUGGUAAAGUUGAAGCUGGGUAAAUCGUUCCGGAUUUAUGGAGCCAGUUGUGCCUCAAUUGGUUCUAUCGUCUAUGGGAUUGGGGGAUAUUGUGGUAAGGAUAAGUACUCCCGCAACGUGCGGUAUUUUGAUUCCUCCCGUCCCGAGGAGGGCUUGAAGGCAGGUCCUCGCACUAUAUGUGCCAGAUCUUGUGCCGCGGUUGUAGGUCUCAAUGGAAACCUAUAUGUCUUUGGUUUCAAUGGCGGUGGCGCUUGCCAUUACGUUCCUAGUGUGUGGGGAGAGUUUCUAGAUACAAGAUUGGUAGGAGAGGGCAAUGCUGAAUGGAAUGCUCUCCCCGAUCCUCCAUCUAUUCUUGGAUAUAAACACUUAUUUGCUGCAGCUCUUGGUGGCGAUUUAUCAGGCAAGAUUUUGGUACUUUCAAAAUGUGCUUAUGCUAUGUGCUUAUAUAAUGUGACUGAAAUGUCAUGGGAAUGCUUGAACGGUAUUAAUGAGUACUAUGCCCUCUUUAUGACCACCCCAGUUGUGGUAGGUACAACCCUCUAUUGGAUCUCUGGUCCAAAUGUAUGUGUCUAUGAUUUACUCCAGAAAGCUUUGGUCUCAUUGCCCAUUGAAGAUUCUAAGAUCCGCUCGCUUAUAAAUGCAAGCAAUCAUAACCCUUUUGAGAUGAGGCUAAUUUUGGUGCAUUUGGCUGGAGAUCUCUUCUGUCUGCUUUGGAUGGGUGAGGGCGAGGAUCGUGAGUCUGUUCACUACACAAAAAUACGAGUAUCUACUCAGCUGGGGGCUGUCUUCGUCUUAGCGUGUCACCGUUAUUGCUUUAACCAUAUGGUUUGCCUCUUAGAUUGCCUUCCUCUCUAGUUGAUCCGCCUUGUGAAAGGUUUUAAAUUAUGAAGUUGGGAGAUGACGGGCUAACAGAUGGUGUUGCUGCUGUUUCGUUGGACGACCAUAAUGAUGCCGGAUUGAGCAGCUUUUUGAUAGGUUUUUGGGGGGAUAUGUAUCCUGUUAUCUCUUGAUAUGGUAAAUUAUGAGUCUUAGAUAUUUCUAGAUUUCUUUGGAUUUUUAUGUUAAAUGGUAGUUCUCGAAUCAAUUUCGGACGAGCUUUUAUUGAGUCAAGGCUUGAACAGUUCACGAAUAACUUCAGUUCAUUUGCAGCCCUGAGGACAUGAAAGUAUUUUCAAGCUAUUUUAGGACUA